AAUAUAUAAUAUUACAUGCGUUUGUUUUAUAUGUCAUAGUUUUGGUGUGUAUGGAUGGGUGUUGAUAUGGAUCAGACGGCAGUGGUUCUAGGUCACACAUUUGCGAUGUGUGACCAGAACCCUGGUCCUAAGCUUAGAGAACGCUUAAAAGAUUUUAUACUCUUGACUUAUCGCCGUGGACUCAGUAUACAUCUACCUAGAUUCUAUGCUGGUAACAUACCCAAACGAUUUUACGGGAUAUGGCCACUAUGGCAGCAAACUGAUAUAAAAACGGAUCGAGGUUGGGGUUGUGCUCUAAGAGCUACCCAAAUGGCAUUGGCAGAAGCUUUGCGUGAUGUAUUAUCACCAUUAGACAAUGUACAAGAACAGCGAUCAAGGAUUCUACAACUAUUCUACGAUACAACAGAAGCGCCAUUCUCUCUAGAAAAUCUAGUAAUGGCCGACGUUGAACACGGAGCGUGUAUUAAGCCACUGCAAUUUGGCUGUGCUAGUAGCGCCUUCUUAAUAUCGCAUCUCAUUAAUACCCAGAAAACCCUAAAUAUCGCAUCAAUAGCAUUCACAGACGGGAUUGUAGACAUUAAAAAGAUUGAACGUGCAACGUCUGAGCAGAGAAAUGUUGUUGCCUGGAUAACUGUGCAAAAGGAACUCUCAGAAUCGCAAAAUGAAUGCCUUAAAUACCUAUUCACCUUACCAUGGUUCAAGGGCAUGGUAGGAGCAAAGAAAGACAAACAAAGAGCUUACUACUUUGUCGGCCACCACGGCAAUCAAGCACUGUAUUUAGAUCCACAUGAAUACUGCCCGGAUAGACUGGAUAACACCAGCGAUCCCAUUUACAACUAUGUCAAAAAACUUAACAGACUACCUUGGGACACCCUGAACCAAUCAAAAACAAUGUGUCUCCUAAUACAGAAUAACGCGGAACUCCGAAACUUCUUGCGGGCAUUGUCGCGUUUUCCCUUAAGGGCCCUGCCAUUCGAAAUGGCUAACGCCAUUUAUUAGUAGACGUUCAAUUUCUUAUACACAUAGAACAAUUAAUAGACACAAAUGUUAAUAC